CAUGUUUCCCUCUGUGAAGGGUGGACAGGACUGUCUCUUCAGAUUUCUUAAAGUGAAAACUAUGUAAUAAAUGCUAUUAAUUUAGAAAAUUAGGACGAUGUAGCUUGGAAAGUCUUGACACAGAUCCUGACCCCAGAAUCUUGGAGUAAAGCCCAUGUACUGGCCGAGCCCCAGAAUCCUCGGGGAAAAUGUAGGAGAAUUCAUACAGAAGAGCAACUGCAUGGAUGUGCUCGGUGUGGUGACAGCUUCAGUGGGACUUUAGGUGACUGUGACGAUCCCUUUGAACGCAAAGAGAGGCUUGUGUAGAUACACCGAAGGUGGGAAGAACUUGGUUGUGAAAUCAACAGUCAACUGGUCAAAUGCAGAAACUACAGAAUCUGCUUCAGAGAUGAUGCAAAUCGUCAUAUUUACCACAGUGCUCACAUCGCAAAAAUCUUAUAAAUGUGGCCAGUGGGAAGAGGACUUAGCCAGAACUCAGAUCUUAUUGUUCGUUAUAAAACCCGCUCAGGUGAGAGAACUUAUGAAUGUCAAGAGUGGGCCGAGGGCUGCAAACAGAGCCCUAACCUUCCCUGAUAUUGGAAAGGGCCCUCCGGAGACCAACCCCGCAAAGGUCUGGAAUGUGGGAGGGGCUUCAGGUGCAGCUGCUCUCCUCACAGCCAUUGUGGAGUGAGUCCACACGGGGGAGAUGCCUACAGAUGUGAUGUGUGUGGGGAGACUGUCAGGUCACUUCUUUGUGUUUAUCAGGGAGCACACAUGGGGGGAAAGCUCUAUAAACGUGAAGAGUGCGGGAAGGGCUUUGAUCGGAGCUCCAAUCUUGUCCAGCAGAGAGUCCACCCUGGAAAGAAUGGCAAGUGCAGCGAGUGUGGCAAAUACUUGUUUGGUUCAAGCUCCAUUCUUCAGGUCCACUGAGAGAAGCCUUAUAGGUAUGGUGAGUGUGGAAAGGGCUGCAGCCAAAGAACACACAUUCACAUCCACCAGAGAGUUCACACUGGGGAGAAACCCGACAAAUGCAAUGUGUGCAAAAAGGUGUUUGUGUACAGUUCUGUCCCUCACACUCACCAGAGCGUUCACACAGGAGAAAAACCUUAUUAUCAAUGCAAAGUGAUCAGUAAGGGCUUCAGGUACAGCUCACAUUUCCACCUGCAUCAAAGAGAUCACACCAGAGAGAAACCACAUGCGUGUGAUGAGUGUGGUAAGGGCUUCAGUCGGAAUUCUGAUCUUCACAUUCACCUCAGCGUCCACACAGGAGAGAGGCCUUGUACGUGUGAAGAAUGUGGUAAGGGCUUCAGUCUUAACUCCUAGCUCCUUGCCCAUCAGAGAAUGUGUGCAGAUGAGGUGCAGUGCGCAUGUCAAGAGCCUGGCACGGGUUUUAGUUAUAGUUCAGAACUUUCUACUCAUCAGAAACUGCACUAG